GUCCCUUCGCACCGCUCGCCGGCGCCCAGCGGCUCGCCCCCGCGUCCCGAAUCCCUCCGAGGCUCGGAGCGGCUCUGCCGUGCGUCUUCGCGGGCCUCCCGGGGCCGAGGCCUGCCGCGCGCGGGAGUCCGCGCAGACCCGACCCCGCGCCUCCCCGCAGCUCCGUUGAGGCCGCCGCCGUCGCCUCGGGAUGCCGGGGCCGGGGUCCGCGCAGCGCUGGGCGGCCGCCGCGGGCCGUUGGGGCUGCAGGCUGCUCGCGCUGCUGCUGCUGCUGCUGCUGCCGGGGCCCGGCGGCGCCUCAGAGAUCACCUUCGAGCUGCCGGACAACGCCAAGCAGUGCUUCUACGAGGACAUCACGCAGGGCACCAAGUGCACCCUCGAGUUCCAGGUGAUUACUGGCGGUCACUAUGAUGUAGACUGCCGAUUAGAAGAUCCCGAUGGUAAUGUGUUGUAUAAAGAGAUGAAGAAACAGUAUGAUAGCUUUACCUUCACAGCCUCCAAAAAUGGGACAUACAAAUUUUGUUUUAGCAAUGAAUUUUCUACUUUCACACACAAAACCGUGUAUUUUGAUUUUCAAGUUGGAGAAGACCCACCUUUGUUUCCUAGCGAGAACCGAGUCAGCGCUCUUACCCAGAUGGAAUCUGCCUGUGUCUCCAUUCACGAAGCUCUAAAGUCUGUCAUCGACUAUCAGACUCAUUUCCGUUUGAGAGAAGCUCAGGGCCGAAGUCGAGCAGAAGAUCUAAAUACCAGAGUGGCCUACUGGUCAGUAGGAGAAGCACUCAUUCUCCUGGUGGUUAGCAUAGGGCAGGUAUUUCUCCUGAAAAGCUUUUUCUCAGAUAAAAGAACCACCACAACUCGUGUUGGAUCCUAACUACGUUUUGAGAAUUGAUGCACCAUUGCCACCAUACUAUUGCUGUCCUCUAAUUAAUUUUAGGUACUGAAGAACUUAACAUUGGCAACAUUUUUAAACCUUACUCAUACACUUGUUGGGGGGGGAUGUACAGUGCAUAUCCCCAAACUGUGGAAAGGACACCUUUUUUUUAUUUGUAAAGGUAGAAAAACUUCAGAACUUAUUUUGGGCUAUUCAUGUUAAAUAGUCAGCACCAAUGAUCUUUUCUUGGUUGUUUGUAUCUACUCUUCGCACACUAAACUUUGGUAUUUUGAUUCCUUUUAGCCAUUUAACAGUACUUGUCUUAUAGGUAGUGGAUAUUUUAAAAACCUUCAAUUCAAUGUCUGUGUGUUGUGGAGGAAGAAAAUUGCCUUUUAAUUGUUUAUAGUAAAGUUUUGUUUUUCCGAAAACCAAAUGUGAUUAACUGUAAGCCCAGGCCCUAUUCUGCACUGUUUAAUUUGGGGGUGGGGGGAGCCACCAUGGAAAUGUUAAUUAAUAUUGAUAUAAUUUUAAAUUGAUGCAUCAUGGUAUAAUUUAUUUCUUGUUAGCUUGGAAAAUGUCAGAUUUUUGUUUUUUUUGUGUUUGUUCUAUGAUUUAUAAGCAGAUAUGUUCUUUUUUUUUUUCAUGAAGACAUUCUUACCACAGGGAAAAUAGUAUGUUUCAAUAGCAUAACAGUUUAUGACAGGCCUUAAAAAUCAGACUGUUAAAAGAGGUAGAACAAUUCCAGAAUAACACAAGAUUCUACAGGGGGAGGCAGAUGAAAUGAGAAAAGUUUUAGUAAGUUAUCUGCACAUACUACAUUUUCAGUACUUUUACAAAGAAAAAAGAUCUGUUUAAUUUUAACAUUUUGAUUGGCUGAUUCAUGCCCUAAUGUGGCCUCAAUGUCUGAGUCAUUCCUGGCUUAAAUUAAUACUUGUAGUAUUUGUAUCGUAAAAGUGCCAUAUAUUUUGUCCUGAUGACUGUGAUGCACUGAGAAGUGUCUUUGUUUUUUUUUUUUUUUCUUUCUUUCUUUUUCUUUCUUUCUUUCUUUCUUUCUUUCUUUCUUUCUUUCUUUAAUUUUGUUUUGGUUUUUUGGUUUUCAUUUGUUGUCUUGCUCAUGUAGUUUGUACAAUCUGGUUAGCCACCCUAAAAUGAUUUAAAACUUUAGAAUGCCAUGUGUUUCUUAUUUGAUAAUCUUCAUCAAUUGUACUGCAUUUAAUGAAUAUUAAACAGUGCAUAUUCCAUACACUAUAGGGUUUAGACUGUGUUUGUAUUUUAUAAUUUGCGUAGACUGAGCUGACUGAAAUAAGAUUUUUGUUCAGGUAUUCAGAAGAGAAUACAAGACAAAUGCAAAACUGUAUAGGUGUUUAAAGCUUUUCUGCUGGUAAAAAAAAAAAAAAACUACAGCUGCUUUUUGCCAUGCCUCCCUCCCCCACCCAAGAGUGAUGAGUGCUGAACAAGACUGGCAUAUUGUAGAGAUUCUGAUAAGUGGUACGUAGAAUGCUGAUUAGAUAGUAUUUCUAGUCAUUUAUCACUAUGGACUGAAAGUUAACUCUUAAUGCUAAGCUGUCUCUAGCAGUCUUCAAAAAGCAUAUACACUUCUGCAUAUAAGAGCAAAACAGAUUCAAGGUCAUGCUUACUAAUUUCAGAUGCCACAGUGUAGCAGGGAAUGAACAUGUUUUCAGUCCUUUAAUUCUAAAAUUUCUGAAGACCAAAAAGUGACUCCUUAACCUGUUUAUCAGAGGAUUAGGAACUGAAGUUUAAGAUUCUUGGGUUCUUGUCAUGGAAUUGUCCUGCAGCUUUAUCAGUCUCUCUAGAUUUAAAUUUGAAAAUUUUCAACACUGGUGGUAAUGUGAUCGAUAAGCAUGGGCAUGUUCCAUGUUCUUCUCUGGUUGCCUGUCUGCUCUGUCACAUUCAGACACUUACCACCAUAAUUAAGCAGAGUCAGGUAUGACCAAUGCACCAAGUUUAGCAUAGGUAAUGCAGUCAUUUGUUCUGUGCCUAUCAAAACUUCACUAGAAUCAUACUACAAAUAACUUUUGAUUUGAAACUAUUGAGAUCUAUUAAAUUUUUCGAAAUCACCACGGUUAACCUACUGUAGAAUAGUACAGACUUCGUCUAGUCUGUAUGUAACUGGUUCAAGUUUGAUGGCUGUCUAUAUUCAACCGAGUAUGUAUAUAUAAAUGAGAAAAUACAUCUCUAUCCAGACCUAAAUGUUAAGAGCUUUUUUUUUCUUCCUCCUACUGUAUAAUUUGUAGCUCAUCUUUUUUCUUUAAUCCUUUCAUAAGUUGUUGGAACAGUUUGAAGUUCCCAAAUAUUUAUGUUUAGACAGAUGGCUCAGAAUAUAUAUUUAACAUCACUAGCUGUAUAUAUUUUUAAAGUAAAAUAAAUAAUGGAAAGGGACUUGAUAUACAAGUUUAUUACUAAAAUUUCAACUGUGUGAAGAUCCAUUUUAAGAUAUUACUUUGCUAAUAAUCAGAACAUUCUUUUUUCUAUUAAAGAAACAAAUGGUUUGUGGUUCACAGCUUUCUUCCUGACUUGAUAAUCAACUUUGAAAAUACAGUGAAGUUUUAUUUGAAAGGUUUCAUUUAGAUCUCUGUACAUCCAUUUUUGCUUUGGUUUGUAAAUGUGUAACAUUUAUAGUUAAGUAGGACAAAGCAGACCCUAUGACUAUUGUUUUAAAAAGUUAAGCAAGUUAAUAUAUAAAUAAUUCAAAGGGGGUUUUCAUUUACUUUCGAAAAGAAAAAUUUCUCUAAACAGAUGUUGGUUCUGCAGGAUUGCACCAAUCAAUUCUUGUAGAAUAAAAAUAAUCUUUCAACAAACCAACUUCGCUUGUCUCUGUCAGGAUUUGUCUUUGUAAAGCUCCUUACAAACUUGCAGCUUGGGAUACAAUUUGUAGCAAGAGAGUGGUGGGGUUUUUUGUUUGUUUGUUUUUUUGUUUUUUAAGUAGGCUCCACGCCCAGGGUGGAACCCAGCUCAGGGCUGGAUCUCACAACCCUGAGGUCAAGACCUGAGCUGAAAUCAAGAGUUGGACUCUUAACCCACCCAGGUGCCCCGAGAGAGUGAUUUUUAUUUGGUAUUUCAUUUAAACAUCUCAGGGGCUGGCUAAGAAAGAUAAAGAAGAGGAAUACCACCUUGAAACUACCUCCUUUUUAAACUUUUUGCAUUUCUUACUGAAAGGCUGGGUGAAUAGGAGUUAAGCCCUCAGUUCCUAAAAAGCCCUUUGUUUUCUUAAGGAAAUUAACCUUAGGUUGUUUAAUACCAAGUUUCCUCAAGCUUUUUUCUUUCCCUUCAUAAUGUAGUCGUACGGGACAUUCUGGUUCCUGGCCAAAAUUCAACAAAAGUAGCAGAGAAGUACCAGUAAAUAUAGGCUAAUAUUUAUUGAAUGCUUACCAUGUGUCAGGUGCUGUGCUAAGUAUUUUACCUGUAUCCACACAUUUCAUCUUUGCAAUAAUCUUGUGAAUUAAGGAUAUCCUCCUCAUUUCAUAGAUGAGGAGACAGAGGCGUAAAUGGGUUAAGGAGCCCUCGUACACCUCAGUAAUGAGCAGAGGCAGUGUGACCAUAGCAGUCUGGCUCCAGAGCCUCUCCUCCAACCACUGUAGCACUGCCUUACAAGCACCAAUUAAGGGUAGAUUUCAGAAGGCUUAGCUAUCUUGAUUUCAGUAUAGCUCAACAGAAGUUCAGGGCUUUGGCUUUAGAGUCACAGCCAAGUUCAGAUUACAGUUGUAUGACCUCACACAAAUGAUUUUAACAACUAUUUCUGUUUCUUUAUCACUAAGAUAAUAUCUACUAUAAUGAGAAUCAAAUGAGGUGUUUAUGAAACACUUAGGAUCAGUGCCUAUCAAAUAUAAGCACUUAAUAAAUAGCUAUAUUUUUCUCAUGGGUCAAAUUCUAGUCUCUUGAUCUUUAGUUUCCAAAGUUUUUACUGUAGGUUCUAUUCAUAUGGCUCUUAAGUAAUAUGUAACACAAACGUGAAAGCAUUCAUCGAUCAUGUACUCAGUAGUCUGCUAGAAGUUUCAAAAAUGAAUAAGAUAGUCUUGACCACCGGGAACUUAGUUGAGGGAGACAGGAUAGCUCUAUGAGCAACUUAUAUUCCAUAAGUAGUGAAGCGGAAUCGACUGGGAGAGUCUUUAGACAUUCUAGGAUGCUAGAUGUGAAAGAGAAUAUAUGGAUCAGAAGACUUACUCCCGAGAAAGGAGUUUAACAUUGUCUCCUCAUAGGGGAACCCGUGGUUGUCUCGCUAGGCCAGUGAUUAAGUGGAUUAAUCUCUAAUUCAGGGAUAUGGACUAUUAGCCAGUCUCCAUUGCUACAUAUUGAAAAAAACUGUUCUUUAACUUUGUUAAUAAUAAAAGUGUUGUUUGAUCA